AUGUCAGGCUUCGGCGGCCCAGGCGGUCGCCAAAUCAGCUACAAACCCUCCCCACCCGAGCGCGGCUCCUUCCCACUCGACCACGACGGCGAAUGCAAGCACUUCAUGGCGUCGUAUCUAAAGUGCAUAAGAGCGCAGAACCCGCCAGGAAAGAACAGUGAAGAGUGUAGGAUGCAUGCGAAGGACUACUUGGGGUGUCGGAUGGAGAAGGGGUUGAUGGCGAAGGACGAGUGGGCGAACUUGGGGUUCGAGAAGCCCGUCGAGGAUGCGACGGGAGAAGGUAGUGGUCUGAAGGGUGAGCAUGGCUUGAAGAGUGGGUGA